CUCUCUCUCUCUCUCUCUCCUCUCUCUCUCUCCUCUCUCUCUCCUCUCUUCUCUCCCUCCUCGCUCCUCUCCUCCACACGCACAAAACGCUCUGUCAUGGCGUCUUCCAACCAUGUUACCCCCACCAACUGUAGCUGGUGGCCCAUCUCAGCCAUGGAUGAAGACGGCAAAAUCACAGACGGGGAGGAGUGCGAAGAACCGACGGCAGAGCCCAAACCCUUCAAUAAAGACAGGCUCGUUUUGUACCACUGGACGCAGUCGUUCACCUCCCAAAAGGUACGUCUAGUCAUUAAUGAGAAGGGUCUGGUCUGCGAGGAGAGGGAUGUGAGCUUGCCGCUGCAGGAGCACAAGGAGCCCUGGUUCAUGAGGCUGAACCUGGGCGAGGAGGUGCCCGUCUUCCUCCACGGCGACACCAUCAUCAGUGACUACAACCAGAUUAUAGAUUACCUGGAGAAAAACUUUGUGGGAGACACGGUGGCUCAGCUUAUUCCGGAUGCAGACUCGCCUCUCCACGAUCGUGUGCAGCAGUACCGUCAGCUACUGGAUGGUCUGCCCAUGGACGCUUACACACACGGCUGCAUCCUCCAUCCAGAGCUCACCAUUGACUCUAUGAUCCCAAAGUACGCCACCGCAGAAAUACGUAGACACCUGGCCAACGCUGCCACGGAGCUGAUGAAGCUGGACCAUGAGGAGCCUCAGCUGACAGAACCGUACCUGUCCAAGCAGAAGAAGCUCAUGGCAAAAAUCUUGGACCACGAUAAUGUGAACUACCUGAAGAAAAUUCUGGGAGAGUUAGCCAUGGUUCUAGAUCAGGUGGAGGCUGAACUGGAGAAAAGAAAACUAGAGUAUCAAGGUCAAAAGUGUGAGUUGUGGCUAUGUGGACCUGAAUUUACACUAGCUGAUGUCUGCCUCGGAGCCUUGUUGCACAGGCUCAAGUUCUUGGGACUUUCUAAGAAAUACUGGGAGGACGGCAGCCGACCCAACCUGCAGUCCUUUUUUGUGCGUGUGCAAAAACGCUACGCUUUCCGCAAGGUCUUGGGCGACAUCCACACGACCCUCCUCUCCGCGGUCCUACCCAACGCCUUCCGGAUGGUAAAAAAGAAGCCGCCGUCCUUCUUCGGGGCCUCUUUUCUCAUGGGCUCGCUGGGAGGGAUGGGCUACUUUGCCUACUGGUUUUUAAAAAAGAAAUACAUGUAGUGAAUGCCCUCUUGUUGUGUUAAAUGUCUGUGUAUUUGUGUGAUGUUUCAACUUUUCUGUAAUGUUUUAUGACUGCAGGAAAACAUAAUGAAUCUAUAUAGAGAACACUAUUACUUACCUGGGUGAACAAAGAAAUAUUAAAACAUUCCAUAAUAAGAAAUUCUUGACAGCACAUUUUCUGGUAAUCAAGGCCUUCAUCAAGUUUUAAUUUCUGGAAACUCGCAGCUCUUGCGUCUGCGAGUCCCCGUUUAACUUUUGUUGGAGGCAGGUGCACUUAAACCGAAAAACUUAAAAGUAGAAACCCAGACGAAAUGUUAAACACAGUAACACCAACAGGGGUUAACUGACCUUCGCAUGCCACUAUUAUAGUCAUUACUCAUACCUGCUCUUCACUCCUCCAUCUGCCUGAGGUUUAACCAGUAAAGCCGCAGGAACAUGUACGUGACGAAUACUUUCUGAAAAGUGCUGUGCUGCCAGAAACUGCCAGAUGACGUGAUGAAAGGAUGGAGGCAAAGUAUAAAGGAAUAAUUUGACAUUUUGGGAAAUUUGCUAAUUGCUACUUUGUUUAAAUGUAGAUGAGAAAAUUGAUACCACCCUCAUGUGUAUAUGCUAAAUGAAACUACAGCUGGGAGAUGGUUGGUUUAGCUCGGCUUAGCAGAAAGACUGGGAACCUCCCACCAACACCUCUAAAGCUCACUAACAUGAUAUCUCGUUUGUUUAAUGUGUACAAAAACCAGAUUGUAAAAAUAAUGAAUUACUUAUUUUUGGUUUUACAUGGGUUGUGAGCUUGUUAGGUUCUGGUAGGCAGUUUGUUACCUUUAAACAGAGCCAGGUGUUGUUAACUUUCCAUUUGAGCCUCAUGUUUUCAGAAAAAUAACUGUACGUGUUUUAACACUUAACAGCUGUUCUGAAGGUAUCACGUCUGUACAUUAAGUAUGAAGUUAGAAUUAGCAGCUGGUUAGCUUAGCAUAAAGACUAAAUAAAGAGGGGAAACAGCUAGCCUCAGUUUACCUACUCAACUAAUCUGGAUGGAAAAAAUCUGUUGCAUGAAGGAAAAAAAAAUGUUUUUACCUGUUUUUAAAAUGAUCAAAAUUGCACGUCUUUCCUCUAUUAAAACAUCAGUAUUCACCAAUAUAACUGAUGACAUUUAAAAAUUUGGUUCACAUUAUUCAAAUGGAGCGACGAGAUGUAUAAUUUCUAUCCAUCAUCUUUGUUUGGGUGAGGAAACGGUGUAAAAACAGUUUUCAUGGUGCAGCAGACAAAACUGUUUUUCGUCCAGAUGUUGAAAAGAGUCUUUUAGGAUUCUGGAAAAACCUUCAGAGCAGAAUUAAGAAUAAAGGUUGGGUUGUAUUAGAUAAGAACUAGCUCCAAAGUCGUUCUGUCUAUAUCAGAAGGCAAAAGUGGCUAUAGUUGUUCUGAAUGGCCACACUACAGCGUGGGGUGAAAAGCCAGGCGUCAUAGAGAGGGGGUGCACAUGAUGACUUUUAAAGGUUAACAGCACAUUUUCAGACAGUCUCUCCUGGAGGAAGAUGAAGUAGAGGUGGAGAGAGACGUUAAAGCCAUGACUCCUUCCUCACCCCUUCAUGGCUGAGAAAUCAUGAAAGUUUGAGACAGACAGAGUUCGAGCAGCUUGAGUAUUUUUCAAUGACACACUGGGUUUUUCACAAGCUGAGGCCCUUCAGCAACUCUCAGGCUGUAGCUUCAUAUUCAACACAAACACGAGAGUGGUAUCAAUCUUCUCAUCUAACUCUCAGCAACAAAACAAAUGAGCAUAUUUCCCCAAAUGUCUGAGUAUUCCUUUAAAUAAAUGUGCACCCUACACACAGUAACACAUACACAGAGACACACGUGCGCUCAGAGUCCGUUUAUUUAGAGCACCACAGAUCACACGGCACACACUGGUCCACUGUCACUCUCUUUGUGGCUGAGCUUGAGUUCAGAUGUCAUGAGUCUUUGGUGUUUGAAAAGUUACACUUGGCUGAACUUGGUGGAAAAAAAAUUGUAAAUUCUGCGUCUAUGGCACAAUAGUGUUGCGUUAGGUUUAGGAUGUAUAUUUCAAUGCAUGGGUACUCUUAUUGUGUAAGCCGUGUCGUGACGGGUUGGACACUGAGGAUUUUGUGUCUCCCCCAGAGGCAGAAUUUAUGAUCGCUACCAAACAGAACCACAGAUUUCAAACUGUAGUGUUGCUGAAUGUGACCUUUGAAGCGCCUGCGCAGUACCGUGUGUUGGAGAUGGUCCCUCAGCAAUAUUUUACUGCUGUUUGUUUGUUGCCAACUCCUGACAGAUGCAAGAUUGUUUUUACAUAGAUAUAGAUAGAUAUUUUUAAUUAUACAUUGUCUCGUUUAUUUUACCAUGCUGAAUUUUUAAUGAGCUCAAAGGGUUUAUAAGGGGAACAGAGGGAGGGGGAGAGGGAAAAGCUGACUCAUCUGAAGGCUAAAGGAGUGAUGAGGAAAAAGGAAAAAGCCCUUUCCCUCCUCAGCCAGCCUUGCCAGCUGUCUCAUAGUUUGUUGAUGCAGUGUACUUUUCCCGCUCCACACUCUGUGUUCGCCCUUAAUGGGAGCCUAUCUGCUUUUUUUGUCUUAGUCAGACCUCCAGGGUUUAACAUGUUACAAAUCUGCUCCUGAACCAUGCGCCGCUCUUUAGGUUUAACUCAUUAUGUGAGGUACUGGCUGGAGUUGUAAGCUGCUUUUGGUUUCAUGGCUGGUUAUAAGAGACAUUCUUGCAGUUAGGACUCACAUCACAGUGUUUCUUUCUCAACUGUAUACAGCUCAAGCCUCGGGUGGUAAUUCAGGAUACUCCCUGUUUUCUCCUGCUACAGAAACGUCGUCUCUGCAGGUGGUGAUUAGCAGCCGUGGAAGACUCCGUUGAACCAAAGACAAUGAUCAAUGCUCCUUUAAUAGCAGUAUCGCCUUGCUGUGUUAUAUCUGAUAAUUAAAUCUGACUUUCAUUAAGAGGAAGAGUAAAACAUGUAGUUCAUUGUG